AUGAGACGACUACUGGAUGGAAAAGCGGUGAAUAUGGCAGGCAUACUGGUCGGGGUCGAGGCAGACGUAGCCUCGAUCCCGGCCGGUGAUAUGGACGCAGCCCCAUGGGGUCACCCAGAAUCAAGCGCGGUCAACCUAUUCGUUGAGGAGCUGGAGGACGUGUUGGACUCUCUCCACCAACUGCUCCUCGAGGUCGACGCCUUUCCCCAGACCAUGGUGGCCGUUCAGGUCACCGGGGUUGGGGAGCGGCCGAGAUCCGGGAGCAGUGGCUGA